AUGUUUUCAAUGUCUUUAAGAAUGUCCAAGCCUGUUUCUUACAGACUUGGAACUUCUACUCUCCUUUGUGCUCGUGCAUUUUCUUCUACCCCUUCUACUUAUGCAUUUCAAAAAACUGUUCAUUCUGACUGGAAAAAGUCUCUGGCUGAUCUCAAUGAAUAUGAAAACAAUGCUAAUGUCACCCAGCAAAGCAAAGAAGACCGCUUUUGUGUCACCUUUGAACAUCCAGGUGCAACUAAAGAACAACUCCUGAAAGUCGGUGUUGCUCAUCAUGUUCCUGAAAACUUGGCUGAUAGAAUUGCUCGCAGAACUCUAUUGACAAUUCGUUCAACUUUUGAUCUCUUUACUGGCUAUGCCCACCCUCCUCCUGGCAAGGAAAAUGACUCCAAAUACCUUAUGACUCCUCGCAGAUGGCUCAUGCGAUUUAUCUUCCUUGAAUCUGUGGCCGGUGUCCCCGGUAUGGUUGGCGGAACUCUUCGUCAUCUUCACUCACUUCGUCUCAUGCGCCGCGAUAAGGCCUGGAUUGAAACCCUUCUUGAUGAGGCCUACAAUGAGCGCAUGCAUCUUCUUACCUUUAUGAAGCUUUAUAAGCCUGGCUUCUUCAUGCGUCUCAUGCUCAUUGGCGCCCAGGGUGUUUUCUACAACCUCUUCUUUAUUGCCUAUCUUAUCAUGCCCCGCAUUUGCCACCGCUUUGUUGGCUACCUCGAGGAAGAGGCCAUUGUCACAUACACACGUUGCAUUGAGGACAUUGAGGCUGGCCGUCUCAAUGAGUGGAAGAACCUUCCUGUCCCCAAGAUUGCCAAGGAAUACUGGCAUAUGUCUGACUCUGCCACCAUGUACGAUCUCAUUUUGUACGUCCGCGCUGAUGAGUCUAAGCACAGAGAAGUGAACCAUACUUUUGGCAACCUGGACCAAACUCAUGAUAGAAAUCCUUAUGCUCUGAGAAUUGAUGAUCAUGAACAUACUCCUCAGCCAACUGUUGAUCUCUCAUGCCCUAAGCCUACCGGCUGGAAGCGUGAGGAGAUUGCGGCUUAA